AUGUCAUUAGUAAGUUUCGUACUUCCAAUAGAAUUUAUUUGGAAUAGUCCUUGCACAAAUUGUCAAAAAAAUCCAGAUACAAGAAUUAAUUUUACAAAGUAUCACAUUGAUAUAAAUAAUGAUUAUAUAUUUAAAGGCAAUAAAAUAGUUCUUUUAUAUGAAUCAGAGAUUGGACUUUAUCCUUAUAUACAUGUUGAUAGUAGUAAUUCUUCAAAUUAUACAUUUAUAAAUGGUGGUCUACCACAAAAAGUUAAUAUGAGUGAACAUCUAAAAAAAUUGGAAGAAAAUAUCAAAAAAAUAAUUCCUGACAAACAUUUCAGUGGUUUGGGUGUUAUUGAUAUUGAAGAAUGGAGACCAACAUAUGAUUCAAAUUGGAGUUCAAAACGUGUUUAUAGAAAUGAAUCAAUAAAAAUAGUUUUAGCUAGAAAUUCUACUUUAAAUUCUACUGAAGCUGAACAAUUGGCUAUGGAAGAAUUUAAUAAAGCUGCAGCAAACUUUUUUAUAGAAACUGUUAAAAAAUGUAAAGAACUACGACCUAGUGCAAAAUGGGGAUUUUAUGGUUUUCCAACAUGUAACGAAAACGCCGAAAAAAGAAAAUGGAAUUUUUGUUUUCCCAAUAUAUCAGAUCAAAUAAUUCCAAUUUUGAAUCAUACAGAUGUUUUAUACCCCAGCUCAUAUAUUGUUCCUGGUCAAAAUUAUUCAAUAAAAGAUAAGUUUGUUGAUGGUGUUUUGAAUGAAACACAACGAAUCGUUGAAGAAAUUAAAAAAAAAGGAGUUGAUCAAUAUAAUAAAAAAUAUGAAAAUAUUGAAUUUUAUGAUCCUGUAGGUUUAUUUUUUUUUAAAUUAUUAAUUAUAGUACUAUUUAUGUAUUGUAUACAAUAG